CCUUCUCUCUCUCUCUCCUCUCCUUCCGCUUCCUUCUCCGCCACCUCAAACACCAAAAAAUUAGCAGCGACCCCAAAAAACCAGAGAUCUUUUCGCACCAAAAAAUUUGAGGAAAAAAAUACGAGGGCGAAACCCUAGCGAGGGGCGAAUUCCUCCGCGCAUUGCCUCCCCCCGCGCGCGUCGCGUGCCGGAGCUGGGUCGUGGGGUCGCCGGCGGCCGCGGCGGCGCGGGCGAGGCGUCGUUGGUAGUGCUCCUCGGUCGCUGGUUGCGCUUGAGCAGGCGGACGCGAUCAGGAAGGGGGGUGCCGCAGCCUAGGCCGCCGGAGACGGCGGCAACGGGGAGGAGGAGGAAAUGGCGCUGUUCCGGAGGCUGUUCUACCGGAAGCCGCCGGAUCGGCUCCUCGAGAUCGCAGACCGCGUCUACGUAUUCGAUUGUUGCUUCUCAACAGAAACCAUGGAUCAAUUCAAAUACAAGAAUUACCUGGACAGCAUUGUGUUGCAGCUCCGUGAGCAGUUUGCAGAUUCUUCAUUGAUGGUAUUAAACUUCAGAGAUGAAGGAAAAAGUCUGGUUUCAGGCUUGUUCUCCCUGUACAGAAUUACAGUCAAAGAUUACCCCUGCCAAUACUUAGGAUGUCCAUUGCUUCCUUUGGACAUCGUCAUCCACUUCCUCAGGCUGAGCGAGAGGUGGCUUAUGUUUGAAGGGAAGCAAAAUAUUCUGCUAAUGCACUGUGAGAAAGGCGGAUGGCCAGUGUUGGCAUUUAUGCUUGCAGCUCUUCUUCUGUACCGGAAACAAUACAAUGGGGAACAAAGAACUCUGGACAUGGUGUACAAGCAAGCACCGAAGGAGCUUCUUCAGAUGUUAACAACAUUAAAUCCACAGCCUUCUCAUGUUCGAUAUCUACAGUACAUAUGCAGAAUGGACUACGAGUUGGGGUUGCCCACACAACCUAUUCCUUUCACCCUGGAUUGUGUAAUUCUUAGAGGAGUACCAAAUUUCGAUGGAGUAGGUGGUUGUAGGCCAAUAGUUCGAGUGUAUGGGCAGGAUAUUCUAACGCUUGAUAGAGGUCGCAAUGCUCUUGCAACACCAUUCAAAGCCAAGAAACAUGUUAGGCGUUACAGACAGGCAGACAACAUGCCGGUGAAGUUAAAUGUGGGAUCAUGCGUCCAAGGUGAUGUGGUCCUUGAAUGCUUGCAUGUGGAUGAUGGCCUAGAAAAUGAAAGGCUAAUGUUUAGGGUGAUGUUCAAUACUUUCUUUAUCCAGUCUCACAUUUUACAGUUGAACUUUGAGCACAUUGAUGUCUCUUGGGAUGCUGAUCACCGGUUCAUAAAGAACUUCAAAGCAGAGGUACUCUUUUCAGAGUUUGAUGCUGAAUCUGAUGCGUCUUCCGAAAUUGCAUCUGGUGAUGAUGAUGAUGACGACGACGACGACUGUGGUGAUGAGAUAGAAGUUGGCUCUGCUGAUGAGUUCUUUGAAGCAGAAGAAAUCUUCAGUAGUCUUGACUUACAUGAUGGACACAAGGAUGCUGAUUUUCGUUCCAUAGCUUCUUCAGAUCGUACUUCAAGCAUUGAAGCUAGGAAAAUCUCACCAUUUUCCAGUCUUGAGCUGAGCAGUGAUGAUAUUGAUGGAUCACCAGAAAGUAAAACCGAUGACAUGAAUAUGUCAUUUGGAAUACUAAAUGAUGAAAAUGCAUGCACAUCUGUUGACACCAAUAUUAUGCAUGAAGAUAUAACGAGAGUAGUGUCAAGUUUGGAAAGUACAACAGAUGGAGGCAGAGACAACAUCAAUUCGAGUUCUGCUACCUACAUAGAUAAAGAUGAUGGCUGCACAGUUGAAAACAGUGAUUCAAGGCAGGACAGGACAGUGGAUCCCAAGCAAGACUUGAGUCAUACUGAUAACGUGCUGGUCAAAGAGGUGAUUAUAUUGGAAACCAAUAGUCCAAAGGACAUUCAGAUGAUCAAAGAAGUAAUCAUAUCUGAAGUCACCACUCCAAAACAAGUGCUGGAGGGCGAGAUUGAAUUAGGCAAUGCAGUCCACAAUUCAGAAAGCAUCAUAUUGACGGAGGCUGAUAGUACUGAAGGACUUAACAUUGACAUUGCUCUCAAACAGGAUGAGGGAGAUAGUCCAAGAGAAGAAUGCGUUACUUCUGUCAAUGGCACCAAACAAGAAAACAACAGUAAUACGGAUCAGCCUAGCAUCAGUGAAACAAACGUACUAGUGAUUGAGCCCGCAGAUCAGAAUAACAGGAUGGAGCCUCCAGUGGUAGGGAGGCCACACCUGCAGAGCACAAGUGCUACCCUGAUUUUAAAUUCUGGUGAGCAAAAGAUUAAGCAGUCUGAUGCUUCCAAUAACAAUGGAACUGCAGAACAAACAGAGGGAACGGAAGCUUCCGUAUCCAACUCGACAGGCCAACCUUUGAAUAUUUCUUCUGUGAAUAUGCUACCUGAAGGUUUUAGCCUGGAAGCAAAUGGCGCUCUAACUCAUGCCAGUGCAAGUACAGUUACAGCUGACUCGUCUCGACUGGCGCUAAAGAAAAAAACUUUUCUUCCUUUGUCAACACAACGUAUUUUUGCUCCAUUUUCUCCCAGGCGUAAUGUGCUCCGUUCAGCAUCGACAGAUUUGUCCUUUCUAUCUCCAUUGCAAACAGAAUCUAAUCAGAACUCUGUUCCUUCUACAAGCGGGAGGGAUGUUGUUGCUACACCUUCAGUGUCUCCACCGCCCCCAUCCUCUACAUCUCUGAGAUCAUCCCUAGUAAAUCCCCCUCUACGACCAAUCAAAACUGUUUCAUCUUUACCUUCAUCUUCAUCAUUGGAAGCAUAUAUAGAGAUGUCAGCUUCCUAUUCUCCAUUAUCACAUGUUAACCCUCAUCGUCCCUUGAUACCAUUAUCACCACCUCGACAACCUUACCCAGCAAAGACACAUGAAAAAGAUUUACAUCCAGGUAGUCUAUCUUUUCCUGUUUUGCCUGCUUCCAACAGGUAUGCAUCUCACCCUCCAGCGCCAUCCCCACCUCCUCCUUCACAUACACUUUGUACUAAAAUUAAUUCAAGCACCUCAAUAUCUCAUCAUGCACAAAGAAGAGAAAAAGGGUCUUGCUCCUCUAGUCCUCGUAAACAAACUAUUCUCAACCUAGGUUUUUCCUCUCUAACUUUACCAUCCAAAAGUAGUAUAGUGAUGACAGACUUUAUCUUAGGAGCCUCUGAUUUUAUAGACACGGAAGUAACAAACAGAAGAAAUAUACCAACUGACAUGGAUGUUCCAACUACCAGUGAAGAUACAAAGUAUUUCUUUCACAUGCCUCAUUCUUUAUCUCCCAAAACUUCUCAACAUAGUACACCACAGUCUCCACCUCUGCUUCCUCUACUGCCACAACUACCAUUGCCAAUUACAGAUAGUGAAUCAGUACCACUUAUAAGCUCAAAGUCUUCUUCAGAUUGUUCAUAUAAAGAAGCAGCAACACCACCAGGAAAACAACCCCCCUCUCAACCUCCACUUCUUGGAGCAAAUGAUCCUUCAAGUUCAAAAUUUAAAGAGGAAGUACCUCAUGAACAGCCUUUAGAUCCUCCUUUGGAAGCAUGCAAGGAGUUCUCGCGGCAUGAACUGAUCAAUGAAACCCCACCCUCCGCAGUUCAUAUAAAAGAACAUGGAGCCAUUCCAACCCCACCACAUCCACCCAGCUGGCAUAGGGGAAUUUCACCUGUUCAUAUACUUACACGUCAACCCCGUCACCCACCUUCAACACCACCUGCAGCCCCGCCUUUGCCACCACACUUGUCUUUACUCCCAUCUCUAGAACCUUUGCCCUCACCUUCAGUUACACCCUCAACACAAUCCUUGUCAUCUCCCCAUUUACCUCAAACACCAGCUCUUCAUAUAAAUGAUAUAUCAUCCCCGUCUGCCCCACCGCCUCCUCCACCUCCGCCUAGAGAGCAUGAAGUAAUUUGCCCUUUGCCUCCAAUUUCACCUAAAAGGCAUGAUGUACCCUCACCUCCACCACCACCUCCUUUUGGACAACAUCAAGCACUUUUGCCUCCUUCCAUUUCCCAGGAUCAUGUAAUAGCUCCACCUCCACCUCUAACAAGGGAUGCUGGAAUUCUGCAGCCACCACCACCUCCACCUAGAGAGAGUGCUGGGAAUUUCCCUCCUCAUCCUAUUGAAGGAAGCCCAUCUCCAGCUCUACUAGAAUGUCAAGUUGGAGCUCCAAUUCCGCCAUCACCUCCUUUUUGUGAAGGAAAGGAAAGAAUUCCACCUCCAAUUUCUCUUGAAGGAAAUAAAACAACUCCACAGCCUUCUCUUAUUAGAGGACGAGAAGGAACUCCACUGCAAGAUGGAUUUCAAGGUGGAGCUCCGCCUCCAACACCACCUCUUGGAGUGCAUGGAGGGGCUCCAUCGCCACCGCCACCACCUCCUGUAGCAUGUGGAGUGGCUCCACCGCCGCCGCCACUUCCCGGAGGAUACGAAGGGCCGCCUCCACCUCCUCUGCUACCUCCUGGUGCACAUAGUGGAGCUCCACCGCGGCCACCACUUCCCGGAGGAUACAAAGUGGCACCUCCACCUCCUCCGCUACCACCUGGAGCCUAUGGUGGGGCUGCACCACCGCCGCUGCCACCUCCCGGAGGAUAUGGAGGGGCACCUCCACCUCCUCCACCUGGAGGAAUCGGAGGAGUUCCACCUCCACCACCGCCUAUUGGAGGGAUAGGAGGUACUCCAACUCCUCCACCUCCUGCAGGAUUUCGAGGUGGAGCUCCGUCUCCUCCUCCUCCUCCCGGAGGAUAUGGCGGGACUCCUCCACCACCUCCUCCUAGAGGGCAUGGAGGAGUAGGUGCCCCCCCUCCCCCACCAGGUGCACCUGCUCCUCCAAUGCCCCCCGGAAUACCUGGUGGCCCCCCUCCACCUCCUGGAGUACCUGGUGGCCCCCCUCCACCUCCUGGUGGACGAGGUGGCCCCCCUCCACCUGGUGCAAGAGGUCUUCGUUCCUUGGGCGCAACCUCACUUACUGUAGCACGGAAGUCAUCUCUAAAACCACUGCACUGGGUCAAAGUAACAAGAGCAAUGCAAGGAAGUGUAUGGGCAGAAAUUCAAAAGCAAGAUGCUGAUAGCGAUUCUGAGUUCGAUGUGAGUGAACUGGCAUCUCUUUUCACUAUUGCUCCAAAGGCAAAAGGUGGCGCAAAAUCAGAAGGGGCUGGAAAAUCUCUUGGUUCCAAAACUGAUAAGAUUCACCUGAUGGAUAUAAGACGGGCAAAUAACACAGAGAUCAUGUUGACGAAAAUCAAAAUGCCACUCUCCGAAAUGAUGAGUGCUGCUCUGGCCUUGGACGAUUCAAUUUUAGACGCUGAUCAGGUUGAAAAUCUCAUAAAGUUUUGCCCAACAAAAGAGGAAAUGGAUCUUCUAAAGGUUGUUUCCAAACUAACACUUCCUUGAAUUUUCCCCUUGUCUCUAGUAUAAUCAUGAACAAUUUUUUUUCUACGUAUUUUGUAAAUUUGGCUGGCAGAACUUUACAGGAGACAAGGAAACUCUUGGAAAGUGUGAACAGUUCUUUCUAGAAUUGAUGAAGGUGCCAAGGAUUGAAUCUAAGUUUAGGAUAUUUGCUUUCAAGAUUCAGUUUCAGACACAGAUUAGGGAUGUUAGAAAGAAUUUGCUGACCGUGGCAGCGGCUUGUGAGGAGCUCAGAGGCUCUGAGAAGCUGAAGGUGAUCAUGAAGAACAUUCUGUUAAUUGGGAACACAUUAAAUGAAGGGACACCAAGAGGCCAGGCUGUUGGUUUCCGCUUGGACAGUAUCCUAAAACUUGUAGAGACCCGUGCAACCAGCAGUAGAACAACACUAAUGCACUUUCUUUGCAAGGAAAGUCACCAGAACUACUGGAUUUUCAUGAGGAUCUAGUUAGCUUGGAAGCUGCUUCGAAGUUGCAAUUGAAAGCAUUGGCGGAGGAACAGCAGGCAGUUGUAAAAGGGCUAGAGAAAGUUGAACAGGAACUAACUGCUUCAGAAACUGAUGGGCCAGUUUCUGAUGUUUUUCGAAAGACUUUAAAGGAGUUCCUUGAUGAUUCUGGUGCUGAUGUACGUGCCCUAUCAGCACUCUACGCUGAUGUAGGUAGAAGUGCAGAUGCAAUUUCCCUUUAUUUUGGAGAAGACCCUGCAAAAUACCCUUUUGAGCAAGUUGCUUCCACCCUUCUGACCUUUGUGGGGUUAUUUCGGAAGGCGCACGAGGAGAAUCUCAAGCAGAUUGAGGCUGAGAGGAAGAAAGCGCUGAAAGAAGCGGAAAAGGAAGCAAGCCAGGACAGAACUCCUGUAAAAUCGAAAGAUGGAAAUGUAGGAUCACCAAGGUCGCCCUUCAAAUGAUAUCUGUCCCGAAACAUGGACACGGUCAUCAGAUUUUCCUCAGCAGACGACCUCUGCCAGCCAUGCAGACCUUCAGGAGGCUGGACUGUCACCAGAUGCAUGACUUCCUUGGGGACAUCUCAUGCCUACAAGACAAGAUACUUCCGGUUGGACAUCCACGUUUGAUAGCCCAUGACACUGUACAAAGCUAACCCAGCACCUAACGUAGGUCCAUGUGUACAGAUUUCUUAUUAGAUUUUCCCCCAUUUGUUUUACACUAGCAGUAGCAGCAGGAGUAGGCCAGUGGUUGUAAAUUAGGAAAAUGAAAGAAAUGUAAGCAAUGAUUUGUAGUCUAGAAGAAAUAGAAAAGGAUUAGUGUUUACCACAGGAAAUUUUGCUACCAACAGAUUAGGCGGUUUUGAAGCGAUAGAUAGGUUGACACACAACACUAUAGCUCAACCAGGUGAUUCUACAAUAUAUGUACUUUCUGUAACCGCUAUGCACAGUCAUGUUUUCGAUUUGUUGCCAAAUCAUGCAUCGAGGUGCUUGUGCA